AUGAAGUUCACUCAGUUCACUCUGGCUGCCGCCCUGCUGGCUACCGUCUCUGCCCAGGGUCUGGACGCUCUGCCCGACUGCUCGAAAACUUGCGCUACUAGCUCGAUCCCCGCCAGCUGCGGUCUCAAUGUCGAGUGCAUUUGCGCAGACAAGUCGUUCCUGAGCAACAUUGCCUGCUGUGUGGCUGGCAAGUGCUCCCAGGCCGACCAGGAGACUACUCUCCAGGUCGCCAAGGGCAUCUGCUCUCGCGGCGGCGUGACCGAUCUGCCUAGCACUAUAUCUUGCUCCUCCACCUCGGGGUCUUCAACUGGAACCAGCACCGCUUCUGGCACUACGACCAGUAGCACCAACGGGACUAACACUGCCUCCGAGACCACUCUGUCUGGCUCUGCCACUGCCACCACGACCAGUGCUUCCUCUUCUGGCUCGGCGUCCUCUUCUGGCUCGGCUUCCUCUUCUGGCUCGGCCUCCUCAGCCGCUUCCUCAUCGGCUGCCUCUCCGGCUGCGACCACCGGCGCCGCUGUUCUCGGCCAGCACAUGGACUCCUCCCUGAUGGCUGCCGCUGGUGCUGCCGCCGCCUUUGCCAUCCUCGUCUAG